AUGAAGGUCUUUUCCAACAGCGUCACCUUCGACUACUCGUGGGACGAGGUCUCGACGGCCAACUGGCGCAAGUACGGCCCCUGGAACAACAAGUCGGAACACGUCAUCGCCGUCGAUACCCUGUCGCGCGCCGUCGAUCCUGCGACCGGCAUCCUGCGGACGGAGCGCCUCAUCACCUGCAAGCAGACGGCGCCCGAAUGGCUCAAGACCAUCAUGGGCAACUCCAUGGACGUCAGCCACGUCUACGAGGCCAGCUACGUCGACCCGGCCAGCAAGACCGUCACCAUGGUCAGCCAGAACCUGACGUGGAGCAACCUCGUCAACGUGCAAGAAGAGGUCGUCUACAAGCCCUUUGGCGACGGCCAGACGCAGUUUCUUCAGAGCGCCCGCGUCACGGCUCUGUGCGGCGGUUGGCAGCGCAUCAAGAACAGCAUCGAAGACACCCUCGUCACUCGCUUCAAGGAAAACGCCCUCAACGGCAGGGAGGGCUUUGAGCGUGUCCUCGAGAUGAGCCGCAAGGUUUUUGCCGAGGAAAAGGCGCGGCAACGGGCGCAGGUCAUGUGA